CAUCAAACGAAACUGAAGCUUCCUCAUAAAGGGGAGCUGGACUGCUCCUGGGUCUCUGGCAUCUUUGCAAGAGAAGAGCUGAGGCUGAGCGAGGAGGGCAGCUGUCUCGCCUUUGCAACAGGGAGGCACUUUGCUCCCUUUAUCUCUUCUCAGGAGUAUUUUAUUUUUUCCCUUUUCUUUCCCUACACCUAUAUGAAGUUUCUCAGCCUCCCCACCCUCUGCAGUAUGGCUGGUACAGCCUUGGACUUUUCUCCUGAGUUUGAAACGGACGAUUCCAGCCAGAACUCUGAAAAGGAUUACGAUGGUGAUCAUAAAAAAUUGAGACGACGGGAAAAGAACAGGAUUGCGGCCCAGAAAAGUCGACAGAAGCAGACGCAGAAAGCCGACAGUUUGCACCAGGAGUAUGAGCAGCUGGAGAGAGAGAACGCUUCGCUGAAGAAGGAAAUCCAGGGCCUGCGCGAGGAGCUGAAGCAGUGGAAACAAGUGGUUCAGCAGCAUGAACCACACUGCUCCAUGUUGUCUGUGAACAGCACAGCCUUUGUUGGCAAACAGCAUAUCAACGUGACAGACUUUCUAGCUGAAGACUGGCAGAAAGCAGAGGUCAUGAUGUACUAGACUGCAGCUCUCU